AUGUCAAGAUCUGUUGAUCCUACGUUCAGCGAAGACGACAAGGUACUCGAGGAAAUGGGCUACGUGCCCUCUUUCAAACGAGAAUUUUCUAAUCUCGCUACGAUUAGUUUCGCGUUCAGCAUCAUGGGACUUUGCUCGAGUGUGGCGACGACAUUCAAUACUCCACUUCUGAUGGGAGGACCUGCUUCUGUGACCUGGUGUUGGAUCAUUGGCGCUUGCAUGUGCUUUACGCUCGGAACGAGCAUCGCUGAAAUCGUUAGCGCAUUUCCAACCUGCGGCGGAACAUAUACUGCUACAGCGCAGCUCUGUCCGCCCCGGCAACGUGCAUUACUUGGUUGGAUUGUUGGCUGGUUGAAAUUACUGGGCCAGCUAUGCGGUUUAUGUUCUACAGAAAUUGGUCUUGCCAACAUGAUCUGGGCCGCUGUGGUCAUCUCAAAAGAUGGUCAAUAUGUUGUGACACACGGCAUGACAGUAGGGCUUUUUGUAGCCCUUUUGGUCUUGAAUGGACUGUUGAACUGUCUCGCAACGAGAGGGCUGGCGCUUUUCACGAAUGUCUUUGUCUUUGUGAACCUCGGGACAACAAUCAUUGCGUUGUUUAUAAUCAUCGUGUUGUUGGCAAUGACGCCACGGUCCGAAAUGCAUCCCGCGAGUUAUGUAUUUGGCUCUGCCGGGCUGGUGAACCAGACAGGUGGCUGGAACGAUGGACUUGCCUUUCUAUUUGGACUGCUGAGCGUACAGUGGAUGGGUUAUGACGGAACGGCUCAUGUCUCUGAAGAAGUGAGACGUGCCGCCUACGCAGCUCCGUCGGCAAUAUUCAUUGCUACUAUCGGCACAGGACUUCUCGGCUGGGUAUUCAAUAUCGUUGCGGUGCUGUGCUCUGGGCCACUCGAGCAACUCCCCGGCCCUUCAGGCUCAGCAUUUCUGCAAAUCAUGGUUUUGCGUAUUGGCAAGCCGGGAGCAUUGUUCCUCUGGACAUUUGUCUGCCUCACAGUGUUCUUCUGUUGCCAAUCGUCAGUGCAGGCUUGCUCAAGAAUGAUGUAUGCCUUCAGCCGCGAUCAUGGCCUUCCAGAUCGUGGCUACUUCGGGAAAAUAUCGUCGCGGAUGAGCACGCCACUCCGCGCUGUAUGCUUCACGACCGGCCUUGCUAUUCUUCCCGGACUGCUUGAACUUGCAAGUCCAAUCGCAGCUAACGCCGUCUUUGCCCUUUGCGCCAUAGCGCUGGAUUCGUCGUACAUCAUCCCAAUCAUCUUGCGACGUAUCUAUAGGAACCAUCCCGAGGUGGUGUUCAAGCCAGGCCCCUUUUACAUGGGAGACGGUGUGUUGGGCUGGGCGGUCAAUUUGACAUGCACGUUCUGGACGACAUUCGUCUGCAUCAUCUUCUGCAUUCCUACCGAGCGUCCGGUCACAAGACUGAACAUGAACUAUGCUUCGGUAUGA